AUGCGCGGUCACCGUCUCUUCAGCCGCGUCGCGCUUCCGAGCCAGCAACAACCCAUCCGUGCACUCUCAACACGCCGACAGCUCUCCAGCUUGCGCACCCUCCUCUCCCGCCAUGGGUCAGCUGACGACGACGCGGACAUCGUCGACCUGGCCUUUUCACGCCACGACCCGCCCGAGAAAUCCAGCACGAAAGGCCCCGGCCCCGUCAUCAUCAUGCACGGUCUCUUCGGCUCGCAGCGCAACAACCGCACCAUGACUGACCACCUCCACUUCCUGCUCCGCAGAACCCUAGCCAAAGACCUCUCCCGCCCAGUCUACAACCUCGACCUGCGCAACCACGGCGACAGCCCGCACGCGUCCACGCACACCUACUGCGCCAUGGCGCGCGACGUGGAACAUUUUGUGGCAAGACACGGCAUCCGCAACCCCACCCUGAUCGGCCACUCCAUGGGCGCCAAAGUCGCCAUGACGCUAGCCCUACGGCGGCCCUCGCAAUACUCGGCCGUCAUACCCGUGGACAACGCGCCCGUGGACGCGGCCCUCGCGAGCGAUUUCUCCAAAUACGUGCGCGCGAUGCGGGAGAUCGAGGAGCAUCGACCGCCCCUGAAAACGCAGAAGGAAGCGGACGCGAUCCUCCAGAAAUACGAGCCCGAGCUGGCGAUCCGGCAGUUUUUGCUCACUAAUUUGGUCAAGAAGACGCAGACACAUCCGGCGGGCGGUAACGCGGGCGGCGCUGGCGGCCACGGCUCUUCACCAGACAGCGAGAGGCCGCAGCCGCAGCCGCAGCCGCGGACCCAGCUGGGCUUCCGCAUCCCCGUCGCCACUCUGGCGAAGAACCUGGGGCACAUGGCGGAUUUCUCGUUCAAGGAUCCCGAGGCCAGUCAAUACAAGGGCCCGACGUUGGUGGUCAGGGGCACCAAGAGCCACUACGUCGCGGAUGAGAGCUUGCCCGUGGUGGGGGCGUUCUUUCCGCGCUUCGAACUGCUGGAUGUCGAUUGUGGGCAUUGGGUCAUGAGUGAGCGGUUCGAGGAGUUUCGGAGGGGGGUCGGCGAGUUUGUGACGAGGGUCGUUGAUGAGCAAUAA